AGGAGUGUCAUGUAACAACUUAAAAUUUUGUGUGUAAACAAAAAUGGCUUCAAGAGGAACAACAGAGACCAGUAAGCUCAAACAAAACUUGGAAGAGCAGUUGGAUAGACUAAUGCAGCAGCUGCAAGAUCUGGAGGAAUGCAGAGAGGAGCUAGAUGCAGAUGAGUAUGAGGAGACCAAAAAAGAAACUCUGGAACAGCUGAGUGAGAUCAAUGACUCGCUGAAGAAGAUCAUGUCUGGAGAUAUGACUUUGGUGGAUGAGCUCAGUGGGAUGCAACUGGCAAUACAGGCAGCCAUCAGCCAAGCAUUUAAAACUCCAGAAGUAAUUCGAAUGUUUGCAAAGAAACAACCAAGGCAAUUGAGGACAAGAUUAGCAGAGAUGGACCGAGACCUAAUGGUUGGGAAGUUGGGGCGAGACCUAUACACGCAGCAGAAAGUGGAAAUCCUGACUGCCCUCAGGAAGCUUGGUGAGAAGCUCACUCCAGAUGAUGAGACGUUCUUGUCAGCAAAUGCUGGUGCGGCCCUGAGCCAGUUUGAGAGGGUCUCAACUGACCUUGGAUCAGGAGACAAAGUCUUUGCUCUAGCAAGUUUUGAAGUAGAAAAGGCAAAACAGUGAAGAGGUGCGUGAGGCUUCUGUCUCUCCAGUUAUCAGCAGCAUUGGACUUCUAUUAUUCCAUUUGUUUUUUCUAUUUUUUAACAUGUUGAGGAAAAAAAGAAAAGCAAAACAACCACCCAAACCCUAAACCUCUUGGGUUCUUAACCAGAGGAUAUGAAGUGAACAGCCUUAAGUGCACUUUGGAACCUUGGUGUCUGUACCCCUUAAUAAUAUAAGCUCUGAGGCUGAACACUGCGUGGUAUUCAAAAAAAAACCAAAAGCGUGGCCUUUGGAAAGAAUCGGCUGUUUUGAACUUUUCUGAAUGUGUAUUUCUCUAACUAUUAAAACGUAAUCUUUUCGC